GUUUAUCUAGGCAUCGCAAAUCAUUCAUGCAUACUUGCCAUAUACUGUAUUUUACUUCGUACUUAUACUUGAUCGUUCAAAGAGUAGACACUGCAAAACAUAUUUUCUAUUCAAAUUACGCGAUCCCUCGUCGCGAACCAACUAUCCAAAGCUCUGGUUUAUCCAAACAAAAGCAGGCUUAUCCAAAGAACUAACAAAAUCCGGAAGGCAUUUCAGUCAAUUUCCACAGCUACUUCCGUUAAAAUUGACUCCCUUCUGAAUUCUGAAGUGCUUUUGUUUAAAACUAAAAGGAAAACCAUGAGUUAAAGGCUGGUAACAUAGAAGAUUGGAGAGACAAAUAUUACCCAAAAAAAAGGUUGAUAUGAAGAGAUCGAGUGGAAUUGAUCGCCGAUUCUGAAGUAGAUCGAUCGAUCAGAUGCAAUAGCGCCAAGCACGCUCGUUCUUCCCAAUCUCAAAGGCCACAUAUAUAUGCUUUCACGGUUGCUUGCAAAACCUGAUCCCAACUCAGGUAAUACUCAUCCCAAUCGCUCACGCUGAUGGCAUUACCCAAACACACACCCUAAGCACUCCCUCACAAUCGCUUCCACGGACUUCUUAAGGAGCAUCUCUCCGUCAUCUUUCACCAAGUACCUCCUCAGAUCCAGAAGUCUGUGAAUGUCCAGUCCAUGCUCCAUAUCCAGUUUCUUCUGGUCCGAGUCAGUCCAAAUCCCGACGAAGGUGUUCGUUUCGUCGCGCAAGAAGCGGCGAAGGACGAGCGGCACUGUGGUGGCGUGAGAGAGCUGGAAGAUCAAGCAGCGGCAGCCGACGCAGAGCUGGAGAGUGUCAGCAGGAGGAUCGUUUCCUCUGUCGGGGCUCCACUGAACGCCGACGCCUACGACGAGGCGACCGAACAAGCGGCGGCGGUUGCGGAGGUAGACGGUCGUGGAGAUCCAUUUGCGGACAACGGAGGAGACUUUGGUGACGGUGACGGAGAUAUGAGUGUCGAAGAAAUCGACGGUGUACGAACGGGAGUUGGCACGUUCGUCCUCAAUUCUUAUACACACUUUUGUAUAUAUGUAUGCAUGUGAAAGUUUUUUUGCUGUGAACAUCGAUUCACAGACAAUGUUCUGCACAAACAAAAUAUUGUCUGUGAACCGGGUUCACAGAUAAAAAAAAACUUCACAAACAUUGUGUAUAUAAGGUGUGUACAAAGAUGUGUAUAUCAAGCAUGGUGCACUAAUUCCUCCGAGACUAGACCGGAUAGUUAUAAAAAUACAAAGAAAUCAGACCAGACCAGUUCAGAUCAGACCAGACCAACAAAUUACAGUCCAAGUAAAAAUAGUACUCAUCCCAUAAAACUUGACUAAUUUUUAUUUUUUAAUUGUCCCAAAAAAUUGCAAUUUUCAUUUAAAGUAAGAAAUGUGUGAUUAAAGUUAUUUCGUUCUCUU